AUGACGUCGUCGUCGCGGCGAGCCGCCGCGCGCGCGCUCCUCCUCCUCCUCCUCCUCCUCCUCUCUCUCCUCGGCGUCGUCGCCGCGUCGCCGCCGACUCUGCUCGACGUCGACGGCGACGGGCCGCCGAUGCAAAUGCCGAUGCCCGACGAGACGGUCCGCGCGGUGUUGUUGACGUCCGAGGCUGAGAUCGGAGACCCGAAACAGCUCGACGCGCUCGCGAUGUCGUUCCGAGCGACGCACGACCCGCGCGAGCACGCGCUCGUGCUCGCGUCCACGGCGAAGACGCCCGCGGCGCAGAAGUCGUGGAGGGCGUGGGCGGAGCGACGCGGCGCCGUCGUGUGGUUCUUCGCGCCCGAGGCGCGAACCGAGAUCGUGGUCGCUCGGUUUUACGCGUACCUCGCCUACGUCAGAGCGCUCCGCGCGUCGCGUCCGAGCGUGAACCGCGUCGCGAUGAUGGACGCCACGGACGUCAUCUUCAACGCGCCGUUCAUGCGCGCAAUUCCGCUCGACGCGAUCGCGCUCGUGGAGGAGCCCGCGACGUUGAAGAUCGGCGCGUGCGAGUGGCACGAGAGAUGGAUCCGAGGUUGCGCCGCGUACGGAGAACGCGUGUUCGCGCGCGUCGCGAACGAAUCGCGCGUGUGCGCGGGGACGAUCGCGGGCGGGAUCGCCGCGACGGAGACGUUCUUGACCGCGUUCACGAACGAGCUGACGCGGACGAAGUACUGCAACGACCAAGGGGUGUUGAACGUGAUGACGCACACCGGAGGGUUCAGGCGCGCGCGCGGUUAUGGGGGGGGGACGACGCAGACGACGUGGACGCACGAGGACGGGCUGGUGAUGUCGCUGAACACGGGAUCGCGCGCGGACGCGUCGAGGCUGCCGGACGCCGCGGUCGUGCACUUUGGGGACUCGCCGGAGCCGUGGAAGCGGGCGUACAUCGAGAACGCGUUGAGGCGGAUCGAGAAGGAAGGGGGGACGUUCGGCGGCGGCGGCGGCGGCGGCGGCGGCGGCGGACGGGUUGGGGGGGGGAAGCGCGCGACGCCGAGUCUCGGCGACGACGUCGCCGUCGAGCGCGGCGACGGAAGCGGAGCGGGGCGGAAAACCGCUCCCACGAACGCGGAGGUCGAGGCGGAGAUGGUAUGGCUGCGCGGCGUGAAGCCGUUUCGAUACGAGGAGGAAGCCGCCGCGUCCGCCGCGGAGGCCGACGCCGACGACGAGACGACGACCGAGACGCCGCCUCCCGUCGACGGCGGCGCGCGUUCCACGGGAUAUUUCCUCGUCGCGCUCGGCACGCAGUUCGUGAACGAAGCCGCGAGGUUCGUCCGCGCUUUGCGAGCGUCCGACUCGUCGUCGCCGCGAUACCCGGUCGCCGUCCUGAUUCUCCCCUCGGACGUCGCGCGCGUCGACGACGUCAACGCGAAGGAGGCCCUGUUCGACGACGUCGUGACGUACGACGAGGCCAAACACGCCGCCGACGGCCUGCGACAGCUCGCGCGGACGAACCACGAGCGGUAUAACAUCCUCCCGCGGCUGCGGCUCUGGGAGUACGUUCCCUACGACGAGUAUCUCGUGGUGGACGCGGACGUCUUGUGCUCCGCGCCGAUGGGCGACGUCUGGGCGUACCACCGCGCGAAGAAGCAGCCCGUGGGCGCGAGCGGGCUGGAGACCGACUGCGCGUGGCACUUCGGGCACGUGUGCGAGAUUAGCAGGGAAAAGAUGCCAGGGAUGCGACCGGGGGCGCAGCUGCCGCACGUGCACGCGGGGGCGGUGUACGUAGACGCGUCGAUCGACCCCGCGGGGUUCGACGCGUUUAAAACGCACGCGAUGGAUGCGUUUAAGCGGUACGACGAGUUCGGGUUCAAAUCUCUGCAUCGCGACGGCGGGAAGGUUCUGGAGAUUUGUCUCUCGUACGCGUUCUGGAAGGGCGGGUACGCGCCGUUGGACUUCUACGACGCGCCGGUGAUCAACUUCAACGUGCGCGCGAACGAAAAGUUGCCGUCGAGCGCGCAGCGGAUCGGCGGGCGUCCGGACGGGCGCUCGACGAGCGGGAAGACGUACCCGCUGACGCACUACUUCGUCAAGGCGGGGUUCGAGAAGGACUACCAGAGUCACUACGAGGCGUUGGUGACGGGGAAGAAGGAUAUCAUGCGGACGCGGGUCUCCGCGUGA